AUGUAUCUAAAGACGGACAAAGCAUGUACGAUCAUUCGCUGUAUUCUUGUUGUUUUCAUUUUGACUGCAAUUGAAAUAAACAUUUCAACAACGCAAAGAAUUCCGUGUGAAAUUUUUCCUAACUUACCAAUAUGUUUGCUAAGUACGACGACCACGACAUCCAUAACUGAUUCUACAACUACGGAGGACAUCACGACAACUGAAUCUUCUUCAACAGCUGAAGACGUAACAUCAACCACCCUUGCUCCUACAACCACUGAAAAUAUACCCACCACCACAAAUUCACCCACAACGACAGAAGAACCAAGUACAACUGAAUCAAUUCCGUGUGAAAUUUUUCCGUUCUUACCAAUAUGUUUGCUAAGUACGACGACCACAACAUCCAUAACUGAUUCCACAACUACGGAGGACAUCACGACAACUGAAUCUUCUUCAACAGCUGAAGACGUGACAUCAACCACUCUUGCUCCUACAACCACUGAAAAUAUACCCACCACAACAACAUCCAUAACUGAUUCCACAACUACGGAGGACAUCACAACUGAAUCUUCUUCAACAGCUGAAGACGUGACAUCAACUACUCUUGCUCCUACAACCACUGAAAAUAUACCCACCACAACAACAUCCAUAACUGAUUCCACAACUACGGAGGACAUCACGACAACUGAAUCUUCUUCAACAGCUGAAGACGUGACAUCAACCACUCUUGCUCCUACAACCACUGAAAAUAUACCCACCACAACAACAUCCAUAACUGAUUCCACAACUACGGACAUCACGACAACUGAAUCUUCUUCAACAGCUGAAGACGUGACAUCAACCACUCUUGCUCCUACAACCACCGAAAAUAUACCCACUACAACAACAUCCAUAACUAAUUCCACAACUACGGAGGACAUCACAGCUGAAUCUUCUUCAACACCUGAAGACGUGACAUCAACUACUCUUGCUCCUACAACCACCGAAAAUAUACCCACCACAACAACAUCCAUAACUGAUUCCACAACUACGGAGGACAUCACAACUGAAUCUUCUUCAACACCUGAAGACGUGACAUCAACUACUCUAGCUCCUACAACCACUGAAAAUAUACCCACCACAACAACAUCCAUAACUGAUUCCACAACUACGGAGGACAUCACGACAACUGAAUCUUCUUCAACAACUCAAGACGUGACAUCAACCACUCUUGCUCCUACAAGCACUGAAAAUAUACCCACCACAACAACAUCCAUAACUGAUUCCACAACUACGGACAUCACGACAACUGAAUCUUCUUCAACACCUGAAGACGUGACAUCAACUAAUCUUGCUCCUACAACCACUGAAAAUAUACCCACCACAACAACAUCCAUAACUGAUUCCACAGCUACGGAGGACAUCACGACAACAGAAUCUUCUUCAGCAGCUCAAGACGUGACAUCAACCACUCUUGCUCCUACAACCACCGAAAAUAUACCCACUACAACAACAUCAAUAACUGAUUCCACAACUACGGAGGACAUCACAACUGAAUCUUCUUCAACAGCUGAAGACGUGACAUCAACCACUCUUGCUCCUACAACCACUGAAAAUAUACCCACCACAACAACAUCCAUAACUGAUUCCACAACUACGGAGGACAUCACGACAACUGAAUCUUCUUCAACAGCUGAAGACGUGACAUCAACCACUCUUGCUCCUACAACCACUGAAAAUAUACCCACCACAACAACAUCCAUAACUGAUUCCACAACUACGGAGGACAUCACGACAACUGAAUCUUCUUCAACAGCUGAAGACGUGACAUCAACCACUCUUGCUCCUACAACCACUGAAAAUAUACCCACCACAACAACAUCCAUAACUGAUUCCACAACUACGGAGGACAUCACGACAACUGAAUCUUCUUCAACAGCUGAAGACGUGACAACCACUCUUGCUCCUACAACCACUGAAAAUAUAUCCACCACCACAAAUUCACCCACAACGACAGAAGAACAGAGUACAACUGAAUCGAUUCCUACGACGACCACAACAUCCAUAACUGAUUCCACAACUACGGAGGACAUCACGACAACAACAGCUUCUUCUACUGUUACAACUGAAGAAUUACCAACUACAACUACAGAAAGUCCUAAAACGGAAUCCUCUUCUACAACUACUGAAGAAUCAUCGACCACUUUAGCUCCAACAACCACUGAAGAAGUAAGAACAACUACAUCCGCGGAAGUAACAACAACCACCGAGGCUCCCACUACCACUGAAGAAUUAACAACUACAACAAUUGCUCCAACAACCACUUUAGCUUCAACAACUACUGAGGAAAACUCAACAACCGCUCCUAUAACCACUGAGGAAAUAACAACCACAACGACAGCUCCCUCCAACUCCCAUGCUCAUCACCAUCACCAUUACCACCACGAAGUGAUUGGACCUCCACUUCCACCCCUUCCUGUUCCUGCCCUUCCUCUUCCCCCACCUUUUUUGCCAAACCUUGGAUCCUUUCCUGAGGCUGAUCAUGCUGUAAUUGCGAUACUACCUAUUCCGCCUCUACCUCAGAUCCCAGCAUUUCCUCCACUACCGCCAAGACCGCCGCUACCAUUUGGAAAUUUCUUUGGAUAA